UUUUAUUUUUUCAUUGCAGCUUCCAAAACUCCGAUGCCGUGGGAAAGUGUCGGUUCAAAAUUAACGCACGGUUAUCGGAGUGGACCAGUUAUACCGCUCGUUUGCCACUCGCGUGGCGGCUUUUCUUUGACGUAACGCUGAAUAGCUUCACUCACUCACUCGCUGUUCAUCCUUAGCUGAAGGAAGUCCGACACAUUCAUAAAUUUUGGUUUCGACAUGAGUGACAUAGAAUCAGACUGUGAUGAUGUUUUUACCGAUGAUUCGAAGGGCUACAGUUUCUCGGAGUCCAAAGGGGCAUCGAGUACUGAUGAUGACAGCCGACACAUGAUGAGCAGGAAGCGAAGACGAGGGAUUAUAGAAAAACGAAGAAGAGAUAGAAUAAAUAACUCCUUGUCCGAAUUAAGAAGAUUAGUUCCUGCAGCAUUCGAAAAACAGGGUUCUGCAAAACUGGAAAAAGCUGAAAUUCUUCAAAUGACCGUGGAUCACCUACGGAUACUGCAUACCAAAGGAAUGGAUGUUUUCAACUUUGAUCCACAUAAUUUUGUGAUGGACUAUCAUGGUAUCGGCUUUAGAGAGUGUGCUUCGGAAGUGGCGCGCUAUUUAGUGGGCUUUGAGGGAUUAGAUCUACAAGAUCCCUUACGGCUACGGCUCAUGAGUCACUUACAGUGCUUCUCCGCUCAGAGAGACUUGGCCCUCAAAUCCCCUCAUCAAAGCGCCACUGCCCAUACACCUUGGUUUUCUACACUUCCUGCUGUGCCGACUCCCCAAUACCCAAAUAUGCAUUCUAGAAACAGUGCACGAGAUCUCAGUUUAUGUAGCAGCAGCAGCAGUAGUGCAGGCGGAUCAGAGCGUAGACCCAGCAGUGCAAGCAGCGCAAUGUCUGUAGAUAUCGGCAGUAGCACAGCCGGAUCGCCAAUAUCAAGGAGGCAGCCACAAAUCCCUUUGAGUCCGACUGCGGUAGGUAGUUCAACCUCACUGAUGAGCGGCUUUGGACGAUCUUCUAGUCUUAUACCUGAGGGUCCAGCUCAACCAUCUCCUAUCCGCCCGUACAGACCAUGGGGUGCAGAAGUUGCAUAUUGACACAUUGCAGAAAUUCAUAAUGUUCAUAAAAAAACUCACUUACGAAAUCCGUUCAGUUAAAAAAUCUGCAGAUAGCUGUCCAAGAUUUCAGAGAAGAGUGAUUAGGAUCCGUUGAAUUCCUGAAGAGCAGACAUGUUUUCUAAAUAAAAAUGAAUAACAGGAUUAGGUUUUUGUAAGAAAUAUAUGUAUAUUACGACAAUAUUUUUUUUUGAUUUUUUAUGUGCCUGUGCUAUUGUUGGAUGCAGAAAUAAGUCAAAUUCUUUCAUCUUGAAAAGUCACAUUCUUUCAUCACAUUCUUGUAUUGCUUUCACCUACAAGAGCAUGAAGUGAUUUUACGCCAGUACAACGAAGAAUCCAUGGACUCAAAAACUGUCGACUGCUGUUUUGAAGUUUUUUUAUUCUCAGAUAUUAAAAGAGCUUAGGAACAUUUAGACUUAUGUGAAUGGUAAUUUAUUUUUGUAUAUAAAUUGUUAAAGGAAAUAGCAUACGUCUAGAAAUUUUAGAAUUCGAUCUCAUUGCAAAAUAUUGAGAACGCCCUUUUUGCAUUAAGAAUACAUCAUACUUAAAUAAAGUAUGAAUAUUUACGGUGAAUAUGCCAUUGUUUUUCUGAAAUAUAGCAAAGUUAAUAAUAAAAAUUAAUCUACAGUUUUGA